AUGACUGAAGUCAAACGAAAACUAAGUUCUGAUGAUUUAUCAGAAGAAAGACCAAAGAAAUUUCGUUAUGAAUUCGAUCAAAUCGUGACUUGUUUUGAAGAUCUAUCAAAUGAAUUACUAUGUGAAAUAUUUGAUUAUCUUGCUGGAUGUCGGUUAUAUGAAGCAUUUUCAAAUCUUAAUUUUCGAUUUGAACAACUUCUUCAUUCUUCAUCGAUAUUAUUAAAGACUAGUUUUUGCAUAUUUAACAAUGAUGAAAUAAUGAACAGGUUUAAACAAUUUAUGUUUGCCAAUCGACAUCAAAUAUUUUCUCUACAAGUAACUUUUAUUUUAUACGAUGGUUAUUUUUUUUCGUCGUCAUUUUCAUUCGAUUCAUCGUUUGAUCGGCUUGAAUCUAUUGUUUUUAAAGACAUUCCACCUGAUGCACUUAUUCCACUACUAAGCAAUUUAUCUUCGUUACCACAUCUUUUCUCAUUAACAAUCGAAACAUCCGAUAUUAAAGAAAAAAUCAAUGAUAUUUAUCGAUUGAUAUUUGUCUUACCUAAAUUAAAAUAUUAUCGCAUUUUCUCUUCUGAUAGUCAUCACUCAAUUACACUUCCAAUAGCUAUGAAUAAUCAAUUUAGUCCUAUUGAAUAUCUUGUUAUUAAUCAUUAUUGUUCUUUAAAUGAACUUACAUGUUUACUUUCUUAUACACCACAACUUCGUCGUUUAACUCUUCAUAAAACAAAAUCUAACAAUGAUUCAAAUAUUACAAUAUUACCAUCAAUUAUAUUAGAUAAUCUAAAAUCGAUUUAUUUGGAUUUAUAUCGAACAAAAUAUAAUGAAUUGGAAAUAUUCAUGACAACAAAAAUAUUUUCAAAUUUAAAAAGUUUAUGUAUUUUUGGAUCAAGAGAUAUCACUUUUCUUUAUGCUUAUCGAUGGGAACAAUUAAUUUUAAAUUAUUUUCCUCGGUUAGAAAAAUUCUAUCUCAUAUAUAAUGAUUAUAUUGAUGAUGAACAAAACUAUCCAAUAUAUACUGAAAGGCGAAACCAAUUUUCCUCAUCAUUUUGGAUUAAACGACAAUGGCUAUUUGAAGUCGAAGUUAAAAAUAUAUCUAUCGAAUAUACAAUUCAUCCAUAUAGUAACAGAUGGUAUUAUGAAACAAAAGACAAUAUUAUUGAUUGUUCUGCAUUUAUUAAUUUGACAUUCGAACAUAUUUCUGAUUCUAUAUUCGACGAAGAAGGGUCCAAAAAAAUUGAACGUAUAUUAACAAUAACACAAAUUUAUUAUUUGGAAAUUCUCGAAAAAGAGCUCUCAAUUCCUAUAUUAAUUCAAGUUAUCAAUCUAUUACCAAACAUAACUACAUUAAAAAUUCAUUCAUUAUCAACAGAUGAAACAACAGAAUUAACUGUUAAAGAACUUCGGAUUUUAUGUUCAAUGAAACGGACAAGUCAAAUUACCAAAGUCUAUCUUGAGGAAAUUUGUGAUAUUCAUGAAGAACUUGAUUUUCUUUUCACACUUUGUCCAUAUAUGAAAUAUUUCAAAGUUGGAUGUACAAAUAUAACGGAUGUUCAAUGGUUUUUACGUACUAUUUUCAAGGAAAUUAAUCGUAAUAAUAAUCAUCAUCUUCGUUUAUUAUGUUUUCAUGCUCCAAUAGCAGAUGAUCGAAUAGUUGAAAAUAUGGAAGAAAUAAUCAAAUAUAACAAACUACUUCCUCAUUUUACAGUUAAACGUAUACUGGAUAGUGUCUAUUUACAAUGGAAAUGA